GAAAAUACAAUUCAAUAAAAUACAUUCAUACCGGUGCAAAUGAAAAGCAGUGCUGCAUAAAGAUGCCCAAAAUUAAAUAACUGAUCCGGGGACAUUUAGCUACCAGGACUCCGGAAGAUAAAUACUGUUGCACUCUUUUACAUUACAGGAUAUUGCAGCAUGAAGAAGGAGCAAGUGGCCAACUGUCAGUUUUCGGUUUGGUAUCCAAUAUUCAAGAAACAUACAAUUAAAAGUGUGAUCCUCCCGCUGCCUCAAAAUGUGAUAGAGUAUUUACUGGACGAUGGCACACUGGUAGUCUCUGGAAGUGACCAUGACACUGUGCACAAUUACCAAAGCAACUCGGAUGAAGAAGAAGACGUUCAGUGGUCCGACGAUGAGACAACCACCACUGCCACUGCACCCGAGUUCCCAGAAUUCGCCUCUAAAGUGCUGGAGGCCAUAAAUGCUCUGGGCGGGCGUGUCUUCCCUAAACUCAACUGGAGCGCUCCAAGGGAUGCUAACUGGAUUGCUCUGAACAGUUCCCUGCAGUGUGACAGCCUCAGUGAUAUAUUCCUGCUCUUCAAAAGUUCCGACUUCAUCACCCACGAUCUCACGCAGCCAUUCCUACAAUGUAGUGACCAGGACUCCCCAGAUCCAGUCAUUAACUAUGAGCUGGUCCUGAGAAAGUGGAGCGAGCUGAUCCCUGGCGGAGAGUUUCGCUGCUUCGUCAGAGAAAACAAACUGAUCGCUAUCUCCCAGAGAGACUACACGCAGUAUUACCAGCACGUGUUGAAGCAGGAGGAGCAGGUCAGUCACGCCAUACAGGAGUUCUUCAACCAGCACAUCCAGUACAACUUCCUGGACGAAGACUUUGUCUUUGACGUCUACAGAGAUAGUGAGGGCAGGGUGUGGCUGAUUGACUUGAACCCCUUUGGAGCGCUCACAGAUUCUCUGCUCUUCAGCUGGGAGGAGCUGAGGUCAGGAGGGGAGAUCUCCGAGCAGCAGGAGGGCCCAGCGUUUCGCUGCACCACCAGCGAGGUGACGGUGCAGCCCAGUCCCUGUCUGAGCUACAGAAUCCCCCGGGACUUUGUCGACCUCUCCAGAGGAGAAGAUGCAUACAAACUCAUCGACUUCCUCAAACUGAAGAAAAGCCAACAGGAAGAUUCUGAGGAAGAGGAGGAAGAGGGAAACGCUCCGCAGUGAAUCUGAAGCCCUCGGCACAGUGUCGUCUGCAUGAAGUGACUCCCCGUCCUCUGUGCUGUUAGAGCUUAUUUUCAUUUCAGCCUGUGAGCGGUACGCGCUGUACCCUUUGAACAUCUGUCUGGUGUUAUUCUAAUGGAAAAUGCUACAUUAGUGCAGCAUGGUGACGGCUCUCUGAGGACUCAUGUUCUGCCCGGACACUGCUGAGCCGUCCAGCACUUUAAUCGUUUUUUAAGGGGGGGGUGUUACUGCUGCGGGAUGUAUUCACUAACACUGUAAAGAAUGGCUGAUUUUAUACUUUGAAAUUAUAGUUUGACUAUCUUUCUUGGUGCAUAUUUUCUGGAUUUCAAAGGAACUCGUCCACAUACACAUCCAAUUGAACCUGUGUGUGUGUGUUGUGAGGCUGUGACGGGUUCAACACUAAAGCUGUUGGUCACCUUACAUUUACCCCUGCUCUCCCAUCUCUCCCUGCCUAUUCCCUCUGAGUACUGUUGACACACUCACUCCUCCGAAGUGGCUCCAGGCACUCAUUCCCAAUCCUGUUUUCCCAUCAUGCUUUGCUGUAGACUGUUGCUCCGAAGAACACCAUUAAACUUGUUGUUGUCGUGUA